UUUAAGUCGGCCAGGCUAAGGAUUCAAGUUUGCCGUUUUUUCUUUCAGACUCAUUUCAGACUGCGACCCAAUUGGCGCGGCGUGACCGCGUUUGCAAGUUUGCACAGCCAGAUUAGUGAGCUUUUGGUUGCUAAGAAGCGCGUAAGAUACCUGUACUGUAUACUGUAAUUCGUUACAGUUGGGUUUGCAACAUCCGAGCUACGAGAAGAGGUCGCAAUGUCCAAACACAAGGUACAAGAGCCAAAGAAGUAUGGGAACGACUGGGCUUUUCGAUAUGUAUAUCGGAACGAUCUUCCCGUGGACCCGUUCGAGCCGAAGCUCUUAGACUAUGGGAGUCCAAAAGACCGGCUGUUUAAAUACGAGCCAGGGACAGACUCGCUGGAGGACAAAUUUCUCUUUGAAGUGACGGGGCGGAAUAUCGAAAACGGCGUUGCCUGCGCUCCAUUGGCGAUGGGAACCUUGUCUGACGCGUUCUACACACCGAGGGAAAAGGCUAGGGUUCGACGACUCGAACCAGAAGAUGAAGAACUACUGGCUCCACCGUCGGCAACUGCUACAGCGCGUCCAUCGAAUGCAGUAACGCCCAAUGUGCUCUUCCUAAGGCAGAAUAAGAUCAGUAUGUCGGGCGACGCGAAGACUUAUGGGAGGACGAGACCGGUGACGACGGAGAGCAGAAUUGGGCAAUCGGUAAUAGAUGACACCAAGAUCCAUGAUCAAGCACCACAUACGACGGAAGGGAAGCUCCGCGCCAUCCGACAGACGUUUGAAAGCGUCAAACGAUUCACGACCGAGAACAUCAAGCAUCCCGGCGGGAAGGACCUCAAAGCAAUGGAGAUCUUUCCAAUAUUCCCAGACUUCACAGGGUCAUGGCCUGAUCCGCUCGUGCUCGCUGUAUUUGACGCAGAUCCGUUGGAAAAGGGAGUGGAAAACGGUAACAAAGAGAUUGAGAAGGGGUCGGAGAAAGCUAUUACCCUAGAGGAGGCGUUCCUUAAGCCACUAAAGAAGCCGGAUCCGCCACAUGAACCUUUCAUGGGCUACUAUCAACCAGAAAAGAAACUUGUCAACAAGAUAAAAGACAAGAGGGAAAAGGCGGAUAUCUUCGGCAGGGAUGAGGAUGAGCUGGAUACCGAGUCAUACGAUUUCCCAUUGGUCCGUGACUUCCAGUAUCAAACAAAAGACGGCAUAUCCGAUCAACUAGUCUUCAAAAUCGACAAUGAGCACCACGGAGUCUUCUUCAAGCGAUUGCGGUCGCGAAUCAACUUUAAGCGCCAGCGCGCAAAGCGGAAAGAGGAACAGGACCGUGAACAAAGUCAAAUAUCGAGGGACAGGCCAACUGUUUUGUCCAUACGGAAACGGCCAUUUACACCAGAGGAGAGGAGGACACGGAGGAAGGUCGUCAAAGAUGAAUUGGAUCUGGAGGGAUAGGUUUUCUCAUGGCAAGGGUAGAUCUUGGAUCGGUAGCGAG